GUCGGCAAGUUCAGCUUCAGCUUAUGGUGAACGGAGAAGUGCCAAGUUUAUAACAUUAAUUUUAAUUGUUAACAAAUAAAUUCCUACAAAGUUUUAAUCAUUGAAAAAAGUUAAUUUCUAUGACGUUUUAAUACAAUAACGUAAAAGAAAUUUGACUUCAAUUUAUUCUAAAAUUCUACAUCAAAACUGUAGGCCCACUGGUAAUGGAGGCUGAGAAUGAAGAGCACGGAUGCCGCAGUGGAUCCAGUCCAGGCCGGAUUCAGCCAGUCUACUUGGAUGGUCAAGGUCAAGACAACUCAACGUCAAUGAUGACAUCACAACAUCGAGGACCAGACAUGGAUGGAAAGUAUCACACUCACCAUAAUGUUAAUGAUGUACGUACAUUUCUAGACUACAAUUAUUCAAAACUAAUUGAAGAAGAAGAGGAAGAAAAAGAAAUACAAGAACAGCGUGGAGUAGAGUUACAGGUGGAAAAAAGAGAGCACAAACAAGAAAGUGAAUGGAUGCAUAUUGAAAGCAUCUAUUCUGAUUCCCCAGAGAGACAGAUCGGUGAGCCUCAUAUACCUGAACAAUUUGAAAAUGUAGAAGCCAUGGAGGAAGAAGAAUCAUUUGAAACAGACAAUCCAGAUACAUUGGUGCAAUGUAAAGACUAUUCUUCUAAUAAAACACUUGAGAAUUCUGAAAGUAAAAUCAUAUCAGAACUGUGUAUUCCAUUCUUUAAGAACGAAGAUUCUAGUAAAGAUUGCAAUGAAGUGGAUUUAUUAAUUGAAAAUGCAAGAAAGAAUGUGAUUGAUGCUGCAAGUUAUAGUGGACUGACCAAGUGUCAAUUUUGUGGUAAAGAAUUCAGCGACACUAGAGCAUUGAAUCUUCAUUGUAGAAUACACCAAAGUGGAAAACAAUAUGGUUGCACAUUCUGUGACUACAAAACAACACAAAAAACUUAUCUCACCAAACAUAUAAGGACUCACGAAGUAAGACCCUUCAGCUGCAAGUUUUGUGACUACAAAGCAAAAACGAAAUCACAUCUCACCAGACAUUUAGUGAUUCACACAGAAGUAAGCUGCGAUUACUGUGACUACAAAACAACUGUCGCAGGAAAUCUCAUAGCACAUGUACGAGAACACACUGUCCAAAGAUCCUUCAGCUGUGAGCUUUGCGACUACAAAGCAAAAUGUAAAUCGGCUCUUAAUGCACAUCGAAGUACUCACACUACACAAAAAUCCUUUUGCUGUGAAUUUUGUGGCUAUACAACAGCGAUGAAAUCAGAUCUCAUCAAACAUUUAAAGAGAAAACACACCAACGAAAGACCCUUUAGCUGUGAAUUUUGCAACUACAAAGCAAAAGAAAAAUCAUCUCUCAUGAACCAUAUGAAGACUCACAAUGAAGAAAAACCAUUUAGCUGUGAGUUUUGUGACUACAAAGCAAUAUUAAAACAAUAUCUCAUUAUUCAUCUAAGGACUCACACAGGAGAAAGACCCUUCAGCUGUAAACUUUGUAGCUAUACAGCUAGAAGCAAAUUACUUGUCACCAAACAUCAAAGAACUCACACUGAUGAAAGACCCUACAGCUGUGAAUUAUGUAACUACAACGCAAAAGAUAAAUCUGCUCUCUGGAACCAUAUGAAGACUCACAAUGAAGAAAAACCAUUUAGCUGUGAGUUUUGUAACUACAAGGCAGCAUUUAAAAAUAAACUCAUUAUUCAUCUAAGGACUCACACAGGAGAAAGACCCUUCAGCUGUAAAUUUUGUAGCUAUACAGCAAUAAUGAAAUCACUUGUCACCAAACAUCAAAGAACUCACAUUGGUGAAAGACUCUACAGCUGUGAAGUUUGUGACUACAAAGCAUUUGAUAAAUCAUCUCUCACCCGACAUCUAAGGACUCACACUGAAAAAACUUACAGCUGUAAGUUUUGUGACUACAAAGCAACAGUGAAAUUACAUCUUGUCGAUCAUAUAAGGACUCAUACUGGGGACAAACCCUUUAACUGUGACUUCUGCGACUACAAAACAUCAAAGAAAUCAGUGCUCAUCAGACAUGUAAGAAUUCACACUGGAGAAAAACCCUACUGCUGUGAACUGUGUGACUAUAGAACAACACAAAAAUCAAAUCUGACCUCACAUCUAAGGACUCACACUGGAGAAAGAUCCUACAGCUGUGAGUUUUGUGAUUAUAAAGCAACAGAGAAAUCAGCACUUACCAAACAUUCAAGGAUUCACACCGGAGAAAGACCCUUCAGCUGUGAGCUUUGCGACUACAAAGCAAGAUGUAAGUCACAUCUCACCGCACAUCUGAAGAGACACAAUGAAGGAGCAACUUCUUGAACUUCCUUCCUUCCUUCCUUUCAGUUCUUCAUUGACUAUUAAUUAUUAUUGACUCAGUAGAUGUCGAGCAGUGGAAGGAGAAGGUUGUUUGCGUUUGGUGUGCGCUUAUCAGAAAAAUAUAAAGCUGUGUUUCUACUAAUGUUCUCGCUCUGUACAUUCAAAUAAUUACAUUCGGAGGUUAAGUGAGUGUUAUUCGGUAAAUGUGUCAUCAUGAGUCUUUUAGGGUGGUUCAUGAUCAUUCAAGAGAUUCAUAUUGUGAAAUAUUACUCAUAGAUUGGUAAAACUUUCGUAUUUGGUCACAAAAACUACAUAGUUGUUAUUUUAAUUUAAACAUUGUAAAACGUUUUCACAAUUAAUAAAAAUAAUCAUCACUG